UGUACAAAAUAAUAUUUUAUUCUCAAUCUGACUCAACAAUGGCGUCUCUUUCUCCCCUUUUCUAGUUUCUAACAACGACAUCAUAUCACACUACGAAACCACAUUCAUCAAUCAACGCUAACAGAAUCACCUGGUCAACACAAAGAAGACAGAGAAGAAGAAGAAGACCAAAUGACUCCACUUGGGUCUGCUCUCGUUCCUGCAACUUGCUCCUUCUCCUUCUUCUUUCCCUCGUCAGCUCAAAAGCUCCCUAAAAGCUCACAGACCCACCAACAGCUUCCCAAGAUUUGCGUCGCUGCGAGCUCCGGCGACGGCCAGCUACUGACGAGUGAUGAACCAGCGGUUGCUGAAAGGACGAGCUUCGGAUUGAGGAGCUUGAUUAAGACUUUCUGGGUGGAUGUGGAGAGAGCGGAAGGCAGGGCGCUGAAUGUGAAGCUCAAUGCGGCGGUGGGGAUGGAGUGGGAGAAGGUGGAAAAUGUGGGAGUUAGAGUUGAGCUGAGUAAUGGAUGUGUUGGGUGGGGAGAGGUGGCGGUGCCGCCUGACGUUAAUGGGUCUGGAAAUCAAGCAACGGCGUUGGUGAACGUGAAGGAGGCUUGUGAUUUUUUGAGGCAGACUUCGCCCAUGACACUGAAUUUGGUUCUUGCGGAGAUUGAUCGGAUUCUUCCCGGCCUUCAAUUUGCUUCUGUCAGGGCUGGAGUAGAAAUGGCAUUGAUUGAUGCAAUUGCUAACAGUAUUGAUGUUCCUCUCUGGAGAUUAUUUGGUGGGUUCUCCAAUUCCAUAUCAUCAGCUGUAACAAUUUCAGCAAUCUCUCCAGGUAAAGCUAUUGAGUUGGCUUCUAAGUAUCGCUUACGAGGAUUCAACACCUUCAAGCUUAAUAUGGGAAGUGAUAUAAAUAGAGAUAUAGAGGUUUUUCAAGCUAUAAAGGCAGCUCAUCCCCUUUGUUCCUUUAUCUUUGAUGCAAAUCAAGCUUACAUUUCAAAACAAGCUAUUGAUGUCCUUGACAAGCUGCAUGAAUUUGGUGUGCUUCCUGUUGUUUUUGAGCAACCUGUGAAAAGAAAUGACUGGAAAGGUCUCGGUGAAGUGAGUAGAAUUGCCAGAAAUACAUAUGGAGUAUCUGUUUCUGCAGAUGAAAGUUGCCAGAAUUCAAAUGAUGUUGAGAAAAUAAUAAAGGAGAAAUUGGCUGAUGUGAUCAACAUCAAAUUAUCCAAAUUUGGGGUUCUUGGGGCCCUCGAAAUUAUCAAUUUAGCCAGAAAAUCAAACCUUAAUCUCAUGAUAAAUAGCAUGAUUCAGACCAGACUUGCCACAGGCUUUGCUGCUCAUAUGGCUGCUGGUCUUGGCUGCUUCAAAUAUGUCAAUCUAGACACUCCUUUUCUGAUGGCAGAGGAUCCAGUUAUUGGGGGUUACGAAGUUUCUGGUGGUGUUUACAAGUUUGUGAAUAGCAGAGGUCAGGGAGGCUUCCUCAACUGGAAUCUUGAUUCUUGCUGAGAUAUAUUUCUGUAAGUGCUUACAAUUUAUUCUAAUAUUUCAUGAGUUAAUUACCUUGA